GCGUCGGGAACGGGUUCGUCUCCUCAGAUCCCCGCUUUUUGUUUUAUACGUCCCGUUAGCCCCCAACACACAUAUGCAGUCCGGGAGCGCUGGCCGAGGAAGUUUAAAGCCCUGGUUCCUAUUGCUCCCCGCAGAGAUCUGACGCUUCGGCUCUCCCGCGAGGACGCGAAGCCACGGGGAUCUGAGCCCCACGCUGGCGGUGAAAUCCACCUUGCCCUAUUCGGCUGAGAAAUUUGGCAACGCUCAAUUUUCUUUUAUUCACCAAAUAUUUAUGAAAUGCCUACUGUGCUCCAGGGAAUGCAAGGGUCACUCUGGCUACUGCAUGGGGACAAACAGCAGGAAGACGAGGGAGAAGACUACUUCAGUGACUCAGGGCAGAGUCCUGAUUCUGGAAAGAUGCUGGAGUAGGAAACACCAGGAAUCUGUCUCCCCACCUGGACAACCAUUGCACUGGCAGAAUCUGUCUGAGCUGCUGGAGGAAGAAACCAAGAUGAGUGCAGAGCCUGAGAGGAAGUUUGGCGUGGUGGUGGUUGGCGUGGGCAGAGCCGGCUUUGUGCGGAUAAGGGACCUGCGGAAUCCACAUGCCUCCUCGGCCUUCCUGAACCUGAUUGGCUUCGUGUCCAGACGAGAACUCGGGCACAUUGACGAAGUCCAGCAGAUUUCUUUGGAAGAUGCUCUUUCCAGCCAAGAGGUUGAGGUUGCUUACAUCUGCAGUGAGAGCUCCAGCCAUGAGGACUAUAUCAGGCAGUUCCUUAAUGCUGGCAAGCAUGUCCUUGUGGAAUACCCCAUGACACUGUCUUGGGCAGCAGCUAAGGACCUGUGGGAGGUGGCUGAGCAGAAAGGGAAAGUCUUGCAUGAGGAGCAUGUGGAACUCUUGAUGGAGGAGUUUGCAUUCCUGAAAAAAGAAGUGGUGGGGAAAGACCUGCUGAAAGGCUCUCUUCUCUUCACAGCUGGCCCAUUGGAAGAAGAGCGGUUUGGCUUCCCCGCGUUCAGUGGCAUUUCUCGCCUGACCUGGCUGGUCUCCCUCUUUGGGGAGCUUUCUCUGGUGUCCGCCACUUUGGAAGAGCGAAAGGAAGAUCAGUAUAUGAAAAUGACUGUGUGCUUGGAGACAGAGAACAAACGUCCGCUGACAUGGAUUGAAGAGAAAGGGCCUGGUCUAAAACGAAACAGACAUUUAAGCUUCCACUUCAAAUCUGGGUCCCUGGAGAAUAUGCCAAAUGUAGGAGUCAAUAAGAAUAUCUUUCUGAAAGAUCAAAAUAUAUUUGUCCAGAAACUCUUCGGCCAGUUCUCAGAAGAAGAACUGGCUGCUGAAAAGAAACGCAUCCUGCACUGCCUGUGGCUCGCGGAAGAAAUCCAGAAAUACUGCUCCUCAAAGAAGUAAGAGAAGGGAGCAGCGUGGCGCUUCCAAGACAGGACCAUAGUCUGAUUUUUAUCAAGUUGACCUUUAUCUCUUUUCUUACAAUUAAACAUGUCUUGGGUAAA